AUGGAAUACCUCCCCGCGCCCCUGCAGCGCGCCCUCCAGGGCGGGAUCGACCCGUACUCGCAGUAUCUCGCAGAAUGGUACUCCCAGGUCUACCUUUGUCUGCUUGUUCUCGUGAGCUUUGGUGCAUCGUUCGCGACGUCAUCGGUCCUCGUCGGCCUCGAGCUCUUCGGUAUCGGUUUCGCUCUGCUCAUGCUGGCUUGCGUUCCUCCUUGGCCGUACCUUAACAAGCACCGGAUCAAGUUCCUCACCGUGCGCGCAUACGCCGUCCCCGAGAAGUCGUAG